UACCAGUUCUUGUUCUAGAUUUCUACAAUAAGCACCGUAUUCAUAUUAUAUUACAGAGGCUAAGAAUAAUUAAUCCCACACGUCAAGGACUUCAAGUGGUGGGGACCAAUUUUUCCCUACAAUCAAGGCUAAAUUUGAAAAUUUAUGAAUUAUUAAGCAUCAAGAACUCCUAUGAUGUCUUCUGGCACAAGUCACACAAAGGAAAUAUACCCCCUAGAUCGAUUGGAUGAUAAACAAGAAGAAAGCAUUAGAUUCGUUCUGUUCAAUAUAAAUGGGGUCAAGACUUUGGGUAAUUACUUUCCUUGGAACAAGCUUAAUAAUAACUUUGACAAAAUUUUUCAGUCUUUGAAGGGAGAUAUCAUUUCUUUGCAAGAGUUGAAACUCAGCAGUGGAAAUUUAUCAUCAACCAAUCUUUGCAAUUUGCGGAAAUACAAAUCGUUUAUUUCGUUGCCAAAGUUGAAAAAGGGGUAUAGCGGCGUGGGUUUAUUUGUACGAAUCCCAGAAGAGAGCGAAGAUGACAAAGUAAAAUACAAUUUGAAUGUAGUUAAGGCGGAAGAAGGAAUUACAGGAUAUUUGAGAAUAAACAAUGAUACCGGACAUCAUACAAAGUUUUUGGACUUAGACGACAACGAAGCAAUUGGGGGGUAUGUGACGAACGAGAAUUAUGAAGAGUUCGAUGAGGAGCUCGCAUUACAAAUAGAUAGAGAAGGGAGGGCAGUCGUGGUUGAACUAGCCAGUGGUUUGGUUAUAUUUUCGCUUUAUUGUCCGGCGAAUUCUAUGCAAACUGAAGAAGGGGAAAGGUUGAAAAACAAAUUCAUGGAACUCUUGAUCAAGCGCUGUCAGAACUUGAUUAAACUUGGAAAGCAGAUAAUGGUGUUAGGCGAUAUAAAUAUCAGUUUGGACCUCAUAGAUCAGGCAGAUGGGAUUAAUGAGAGAUUAAACAAAAAGUUGAUAAAAUAUUCCAACGAUGGAGAAGCUUUUGAAAAGACUAACCAUAAGGAAUGUGUUAAGUUCAAGAGAGAGAGGUUCUCUAGAAUGCAUUUGAGCAAGUUUGUUUUCAGUCCUUUGAAUGUUCCCGAAAUAACAGGAUCAGAGCGAUUUCUUUAUGACACUACGAGAGUAUUUCGAGGACGAACCAUGGAAAUUUAUACUUGCUGGAACACCCUUAAUGGAUCAAGGCAGACUAAUUUUGGAUCGCGGAUUGAUCUCAUUUUGACAACGGAGGCUUGGAAGAACAGAAUAUCAAAAUCUUCCCACUGGCCCUUCUUGAUGGGUUCUGACCAUUGCCCUAUAUUCACUGAUUUUCUAUUAGAUGACAAUGUUAACCUUAAGAAAAUGAGGCAGGCCAAGUUGAGCUUUGAAGCUAAGGCAUUCUAUAAGAUUAUCAAACAUCAUGAUAUAUCAUCUAUGUUCAAAGCAGUGAACAAGAGGAAGGCUCAUGAAAUUGAGGACACAAAGGAAAAUGAAGUCGGUGAUUCAAAAGCCACAAAGAUCACUUACCAAAGUCGGAAAACUGAAAGAAAACCAGAACAAAGGUCUAUACAGACUUAUUUCGGUACAGCGAGAGCAAAUCAAGAACUCAAUGAGAAAAAUAUAAUAGACUCGCUGUCCAAUGUAAACGCAAUACUACAAAUGAGUUCACAACGGAGAGCAACCUUGAAUUUAGCGACUGUUUUUGGAGACCCUCCAAAGUGUCAUCAUGACCAGACAUGUCAAUUGAAAACUAGUUUGACCAAUCCUAAAACAAAAGGUAGGAAAUUCUGGUGUUGUCCCAGGAACGCUGUUGGUAUCCAAGAAGAAGGCAGAUGUACGUAUUUCAAGUGGUUGAACAGUCUGAAAUGAAAAACACCUACAUUAUUAUUUCAUAACCCACACUUUUUAUCUCGAUGCUAUAAGUACAUAAUAUAAUUAUACAAGUCCCUGGUUGUUCAAGAUUUUCUGAAUUCACUCAAAACAGGAUAAAUGGCUUCGAAAGCAGCAUAAAUUUCUUCUCUUUGCUUAGCUCCAGUUAACACAAUUUUUCCUGAGACGAAAAUCAACAAAACAAUCUUAGGCUUAACCAUCCGGUAAAUCAAACCAGGGAACAAUUCCGGUUCAUAAGACGAGAAGGUACCAUGGCUGAAUGCUAAACCUUCUAAUCUAAUGGGGAAUUUGACGUCACAAGAACCAACUAUAUUUUGAAUCUUGAAGUCAGUAAACUUAGCAUUGAAACCCAACUUUUGGAUGAUUCUAGCAUACUUCCUUGAAGCCAAUUUUGAGUCGUUUUCAGAUUUAGCACCAGUGACGACCAUUUUACCAGAAGCAAAAAUUAAUGCCGUCGUUUUUGGCUCUCUAAUUCUCAUAAUGACAGCAGCAAAACGCUUUGGAUUGUAUUCUGCAUUUCUUGCAUGCAAUGCAAUUGUCUUCAAGUCCAAUUUGCAAUCCAAGUUGACAGUAGCAACUAUAUUCUGUAACGUUGGUACUAUACCCAAGGCUGAACCAUCUUCACUUUCAGUUUUAGGUUCUAUUAUUCCAUCUGUUUCUUCCUUCUUGGUGAGUCCGGUUUGUUGUUGCCCACUUAUACCCAGGGGAUACGACAAGGAAUCGGGUCCUGUGAAUGCUUUGGCUUUAGCGGGUGUGACAGGAAGCUUUAAUGAAUCCAUGUUAAGAUAUGUCUGACUUUAAGAAGUAUAGUAGUUGAGAUAACAAGUUAAUGUAUCCCAGAUGCAACUGUGUACGUAAGUUAAUGAAUACACUAGGAUGUUAAUGGGUGACGAACUAUCUAUUUAUUCUAGUAGUUACACAAAAAUCCUAAGAUUUUAAGAUAGAUUGAAUAGGAUUUGUACAAAUCUUAUUACCCGUUUAGGAAGGUGCCUUUUUCCAGAAAAC